CCGCACUCCUAACUGAAGGUCCUAUCAUCAUAUGAUGCCAUAUUGAACACCGAAUCGGACACGCACCGUUCAUCAGACCAAUUCAAACGCACGUUCUAUGUCUAUUGGACAUCUAAUUUUCGUUCCUACUAUUUUAUUCCAUCCCACUUGAUAUCGUGAUAAUGGAGACUUUCAUCACGAGUGCCAACUAUGCCGCUGGCGUCGUCGUAGCCGCAGUCGUAGUGUUACUCGUCAUGCUUUAUAAGACAUCCCCCUUGGUAGGAGGGGCCAUCCCGCUUCCUCCAGGGCCUCCCGGCCGUUGGUUAUGGUGCAACGCUUUGCCUGCUGUGAACAUUUGUCAUGCGCUGAUCGACCUGGUUCGAGAAUAUGGGCCGAUCGUGUCGUUCCGACAAGGUAGCCAGGUGAUAAUUGUCAUUGGCAACAUUGAGGCAGCCACAGACAUCAUGGAGAAAGAGGGUGGGUCACUGGUAGAUCGACUUUGGUCGAUUGCUGCGGUACACACCCAUUUACAGCCCAAAGCGGCAGAGAUAUAUCAAGAUAUGCAGCGCGAGCACGCGAUGGAUUUUAUAUUGGACAUGCUGAAUGACCCGAGGAGCCACCAGAAGCACGCACAUCGCAUGGGCACUGCAUUCCAGAGGGUGCAAUAGUCUAUGGGUGCCAUUGGACUCUUUCUCGCGAUCCUAUCGCCUUCCCGGAUCCUGAGGUUUUCAAUUCUCAAGUCAGUGA